AUGAUAUCAAAGCCUCACGUCGUUCCGUGGGGGGAGGGGGUUGUCGCGCCGGUACUUGCAUUCGAAGACCUGUUGCGAGCGAUUGCGAGGGAGCUGGACAGGUUCGGGAACUCGCGUCCGAUUCUCAUGUCCGGGGACUUCAACGCGAAACACACAUCGUGGUCAGGGUACGCAACUAACGCGCGCGGCCGAUUAAUAAGACAAUGGUUAGACGAGCGUCAUCUCAUCGUGUGGAACGCCAAAGGCGUCAAGACGUGCGUGCGGUCCACCGGCGGGUCCACGAUCGAUCUCACGAUUUCAUCCGGUUCGACGGCGGCGCGGGUCUCCGACUGGGAGGUCAUUUCCAACUUCGAGUCCCUCAGCAAUCACGCCUACAUGGCGUUCUCGUUCGGGGAUCCUCGGAGCUCGGGGGGGGGGGCAGUCUCCUCACCGGAGGAGUCCUCGCCCCGGUGGAGUCUGAGGUCGUUCGACAACGAACGGCUCGCCAAAAUCGGCUCGCGCUCGACGACUCGGAAACGGCCGAAGUACUGGUGGACGGACGAGAUAGGAGAAUUGUGGAAGGAGUCCUGUCUCCCACGUUGCCGGUUCGUCGGCAAAAAAAGGCAACUGAUCAAACAGGGAGGACGCUACGAGGACAUCGCGAACAACGACGAGCUCGCGCGUUUUAAGGCGGAGUGGAGGGCUACCCGGAUCCGGGCCCGACGAGCGAUAUGGAGUUCUAAGGAGACGUGCUGGAAAGAACUCUUGAGCGAAGCGGAUUCGGAUCCGUGGGGUCUCCCGUUCGGUCUCGUGACCAACAAACUGAGAGAUUCGUCGGGACCGCUGACGGCCGGCAUGACGGAGGAGUUUCUCGCGGAAGUAAUCGCAGAGCUCUUCCCUCGCGUCGAGCCGUUCGCGUUUCCCCCGCCGGAUCUCUCGCACGACGCGAACCGCGACCGCGACACCGAAGUGACGGAGGGGGAGGUUCGCCUUCUUCUCGACGCGACCUCGAAGAGACGCUCGGCUCCGGACCCGAACGGCGUGCAUUACCACACUCUCGGCAAGUCUACCGGGGUGCUGUGUGCCCUCUACACCGCGUGUUUCCGAGAGGCGACGUUUCCGACGCCGUGGAAAGAAGCAAACUUGGUACUGCUGGACAAACCGGGUAGGGAUCCGACGACGCCGAGCGCAUACCGGCCGAUUUGUCUUCUCGACGUGGAGGGCAAGUUGUUUGAGCGCGUGAUAGCGUCCCGGAUCGACGAACACUUACGAUCAGAGGGAGGGAGGAACGACCUCUCUCCGAAUCAGUACGGCUUCCGGGUGGCCGUUCGACGACCGACGCACUCGUCCGCGUGUGCGCCGGUAUCCGGGACACGCUUCACCGGGGCGGCGUCGCGAUCGUCGUCUCCAUCGACAUCAAAAACGCGUUCAAACGGUACCUUGGUCCGCGAUAAGGGACGGGCUAACGUCGAAGUCCGUGCCAGAUUAUCUCGUGUCGGUGAUAGGGUCCUUCCUCUCGGAGAGGAAGAUCGCGUACGAGAAACUGGACGGAUCGACGGGAAGGGCGGAUGUGUUCUGCGGCGUGCCUCAGGGAUCAAUCCUAGGACCACUCCUGUGGAACAUCGCCUACGACCGCGUCCUCAGCCGAACCGUUCUCUUCGAAGGCGUAUCGUUGACUUGCUACGCCGACGACACUCUGCUCCUCGCGACCGGCCAUCCGGGACACCGGUCUCCGGGUGUCUCUGCCGAAGACGGAAGCUUGCGGGUUUCAUCAUCCGCGAAACCCGCGUCCUCGUUACCGUGAACAACGUAAGAAUCGGACUGGGUGGCUCGCUGAAAUACUUGGGUUUAGUUAUCGAUUCCGGCCUUCACUACGGGGAACAUCUGGCGCACCUCGAAUCGAAGAUCCGAGCCGUUAGCGCGACGUUAGGACGUCUGAUGCCGAACCUGCGCAGACCGCAGGUCAGGGUCAGGCGAUUAUACGCGACGGUCGUUCACUCCAUGGCCCUGUACGGAGCUCCGAUUAAGGCCGAGUCGGGACGUCGCGGCGGAGGUGGCUUGCCUUCUGUCGGGCACUCCCCCGCUCGAUCUCUUCGCGAUGGAGAGAUUCGUCCUCUAUUCGACGACGGAAGAAAACGUUACGGCGGCGAAAUCGUUGUCGCCCUGGGCCCCCGAGUGGGGGACUGGGUGGGGCAGGGUCACGGAAACUUGACCUAUCGUCUCGCUCAGAUUCUCACGGAUCACGGCGUGUUCGGCAGAGAGGAGACGACGGAGUGUUGUUUCUGCUGCGCGCCCGAGGACGACGUCGAGCACACGGUCGCGGAAUGUCCCUCGUGGAACGAACACAGGCAGCGGCUUGUCGGCGUCAUCGGACCCGACCGGUCGAUCCACGGCCUCGUGGACGCGUUGCUUCGCGGACCCCGGAAAUGGUCCGCGAUUUCGCGAUUUUCAAGGGUGAUCCUGCGGGCAAAAGAGGAUCACAAAUGCGAGGGCGAAAAGUCCGGAAUUUGUCGUCGUAUGUUCCGGGCGAGUAGGGUUAGGCUAAGAGAAGGAAAAAUCCCGCUGAUGAGGAAGAAGAGGAAGAGGAGGAGGAUGAAGGAACUGUUCCGAACCAUCGUCAUCAGCCCAGGGAGAGGAAACGUCGUCGUCGGAAGGAGAAGGAAGACGAAGACGAGGAUGCAGAUGACGACGACGAUGUCUUCGAUUAGCGAGGUGCGACGACGAACGAAAGCUUCGUCGUCGGUGAGUCUUCUUUCCAACCUCUAG